UCAGGACUAUCCCUGUGUGGGCCAGGUAGGUGACAUCAGUGCUUUAAGAAAGGGGUAGCAGCUGCUCUGCCUUGCAGGAGAUUGGAGGGGGACUCCGCUGACGUCCUCUGAAUCCCGCUCUCAAGGAGAAACACGCACAUCCACAAACACACACACACAAGCGGGAUCCACGCUCGCUUUCGUGGAAAUGUGUUUUGACGCUUCGCUGCCUGCAUCCAGCGAUCAGACGGGCGCGUGCGUUGCGAACAAAUCCUCGAUGCAUUCGCUUCCCAUCAUCAUCACCAUCAUCCAUAUUUCUGGACGCACAGCCGUCAUGAUAACGACAGCAUCAGCACCACAGUGAAAGGUGAUGAAGCUGCUGGUGAAAUGGUCAGAGCCGAGAGACUAUUUGAGAAGAUAUGCAUGCACUUGAAGUGUGAAGGGCAAGGAGGGGACGGGGUGAUGUGCCGCUGAUCAUGCGACUUCGCCCGGGCUGCCGCUCUCGAAAAACCGCAUCGUGACCCGCGGCGGAUGGGGUGACUUUCCCGCAGGGGAAGACCCGUGCCGGGGCCGACACAUCCUGAAGCGCCGCCGGCUAUCCCCGGGGUGUCUCCGCGGGCCAGAGGGACGGAGGAAAGAUGCAGGAGGCGACGGCGGAUGGAGAGGAGCCCAUUCUGGACGGAGCUGCGAGGGAAGAGCAGCGUCCGGUGAAGCAGUCCUUGGCUGCCUCUCUGUGUCGAGAGUCUCACUGGAAGUGUCUUCUCCUCACUCUGCUCAUGUUCGGCUGUUUUGGCACACUGGCUUGGUGCAAGCUGUGCAAAGUUCCAGUGCUUGCUCCGACAGAGCCAGAAGCUGCGGUUGAGGAGUCCGGACACCUCUCUACGACCUCUGCAAGCUCCGAUGUCUUCACCCCUCUAGAAGGGGAUCUGGAUAGUCCUUGUUCCAGCGGCUAUAUUUAUAUUCCUCUGGCUUUCCUGGCUAUGCUGUACGUUGUUUACCUGGUGGAAUGCUGGCACUGCUACUCCAAAACAGCCAUGUUGGCUCAAGCAGAGGUUGCGGAGGUGUAUGAGCGCGUGCAGAGACUGCAACAAGCAACGCCGUGCAUUUGGUGGAAGGCCAUCAGCUACCACUAUGUGCGACGGACAAGACAGGUGACGCGAUACCGCAAUGGAGAUGCCUACACCACGACACAGGUGUAUCAUGAGCGUGUAAACACGCACGCGGCAAGCUCAGAGUUUGACUAUGCUAGAUACGGUGUCAAAGAUGUUUCCAAGGAACUAAGGGGGUUAAUGGAUCACCCGGCAGUGCGGCUGCGCUUCACCAAAUGCUUUAGUUUCGCAAGUGCCCGAGCUGAGGCUGCCUACCUCACCCAGCGGGCACGCUUUUUUGGUGAAAAUGAAGGACUUGAUGAUUACAUGGAGGCACGGGAGGGAAUGCAUUUGAAGAAUGUGGAUUUCCGUGAACACAUCCUAGCUUUCCCUGACCCAGCCAGACAGCCUUGGUACGCCAGGCGCAAGGUUUUCUGGCUGGCCUCAGCUCUGCUUCUGUCCUGGCCACUUCGGGUUGUUGCGGAGUACCGCACUGCAUAUGUGCACUACCAUGUAGAGAAACUGUUUGGGGACGCUGAUGACAACAAUAGAGGCGAUGUAACUGAGAAUGGUGGGAGCACCGAAAAUGGGAAUGGACCUGGCACUGGAUCAAGCUAUCGUGCUAUUUCACGAGUCAAUACAGUGGACAUGACAGAGCUGGAGUGGCACAUUCGCUGCAACCAACAGAUGGUCCCAAGCUACUCCGAAGCUCUGCUGAUGGAUCCUGGUUCAGGUACCAAUCAAGGUACCAACACUCCUCCAGCGGGGCAGGGGGCAAACUCGACAGCGAGUGGCCCAACUCUACCAGUGGCCUUUACCUCUGCCUACUUGCUCCAAAACUGUCCUCGGUGCCGCCGCACCACAAGCAGCGCUUCCCUUCCAUCCCGACUCAGAGGCCCGACCGCAGCCCUGCUGAGUGGAACCAUGGCUGGGAUGAGAGCUAGUGGAUCAGGAGGCGGUGCUGGAGGUCCAGGACGACUGGUUCUAAGCAGGAGCGGCUUUUCAUUGGGACGACUCCAGGCUCCUCGUCCACCGUCCCUCUUCCACUCCCGAAGUGUCGGUGGAGGACUAGCAGCAAGAGGAGAAGAUUCAGGUGGAGGAGGAGGGGGAUUUUUGGGUUUGGGAUCCAGACAAGAUGAAGAGAGCAGAAGAGUGCUGGAGGGAGAAGGUGACGAGGAAGAAGAGGCUGUGAAUGUGGUGGAAAGAGAAGAAGAAGGGGAGAGAGAAGGGGAGCAAAGAGAGCAACAGGAGGAUGCAGAAGAAGAGGAAGCAAGGGAAGGAGACAGACCUCCUACAUAUCAGGAUGCCUUUUUCUUCCCGGUGUUGAUUGUGCAUGGAGAGGAGAGCUGCCAUUCAGGUGAGGACAUUUCCUGAAGAAAAGACAUUAAACCCUGAUCAAAAAGAGCACCGAAGUGUCAGGAGUAGAGAAAGACCAUUAGAAAACUCAUGGCCAAUUCAAUAGAGUGUGAAGGGAGUCAUUUGUCAGUUGACCUUUCUCUAAGCUCCACUCCCCUUGAUCACUGUUGCUAAAUCAGACAAACUGUGCAAAAGCAAACCAGAGAUUAAAAUAUACCAUGCGUUUUAAAAUUUAAAGUAUGCAUGCUUGGUGAUUAAUCAAAAAAAGGUGAGAACCGAGGUGAAUGCUGAUCGCAAGAAACUGAAAAGAGACGCAAUUUGUUUAUAAGAGAUUAAUUAAUACGUAUCUGCUUAAAGAUUAUGAAAAAAAAUACAGUUUGUAUCGACUUCAGGUACGUUGUGCCAUUUUACUAGUGACCGGACAACAUGGUUUAUCAUUAUUAGAAAUUAUCCUCUACUACAGAUCUUCCAUAGACUUUCAUAAGAAAAGCUUGUUUAAGAAAACAUAAAUGCCAACAGUUGCUAAAGUGGGACUGCUCUUUUUUUAAAAGCAGCACUUAGAGAAGGGUCAUGUGCUUCAUUUUGAGCCCAACUUGAGAAUGAGAAUGCAUAAAAUUGUCCAAGUAAGGUGUCAGACACCUCUUGUAAACAAUGACUGACAUUAAUAUAAACUUACCUAUGCAAUAAAGAAGAGAGUGUUUGUAAAAUUUGAAGGGGAUACACAAAAAAAAGACAUCUCUCAAUGUACGGCACCUCCUCUGGUCAUGGAGCAAAAAGCAUCAAAUGACAUGCUACCAAAAUAAAAGGCUGUCGAAAAGUCUUCCAAAGAUCAUGAAGAGCUCAUCAAGAGGAAUGUUAUGAAUCUAUGUACACAUAGCCAUUGUAAAGCUGUGUCCUACACGACAAAAAGGUUUUGCUUUUUAAAAAAAAACUACAUAUGGAGAGAGAGACACCUGUGCACAAUUGCUAUUUGAGACAUUUCAUUAUAACUAGGGCUGGGUGAAAUGGCAGAAAUGCAACCUCAAUAAUUAUUUUCCAUAUUGAACGAUAACGAUAUACAUUGCGAUUAAAGUUGUUUAAUGCUUCCAGAUUUAAAAGAAUACCACAACAUUGACUGAAGCCACAAAAAUUGGAGGGUCCAUUAAAUGGCAUAACAAAUUUUCAGUGUUGGGCAGUAGCUACAUUACAAGUUGUGACGCACUAGCUUAACUACAUUUCUCAGGAGCGUGGCGGUAGCGUCACUGCUUUAUACAUUAAAUAGCUUUUCUGUAGCUAAGCAUUUUUUUAGUCAAGUAGCGCAGUAGCAUCCACUCAAGCAACAUUUAGUGAUCGCAGAUCAAUAAGUGACGACACCAACAUUCACAGAGAUUUGAAGCCGGUGUCUAGCCGAUGAAAGUAAAUCCAUUUGAUAGCGAGAAUGACGAUUUCUUCUUCCUGUUUUUCGGUGGUCGACAAUAAAAUUUUAGUGCGUUACUGCCACCUUUCGCUCUGGUCGGUGAUGUCAUCAACCAAUUGGGCUAACACAAGAAAUUUGCUUCAUAGAAAGAUGACUGAGGGAGAGGAGUUAUAUAUUUAUAGUUUACUGUAGUAAAAGCUAAAGUAUACUAUAGUAAUUACUAUUACUUAAUGAUAGUUACUAAUGAUAUACAUUAUGUAGUGUAGUACAUUAAUGAAAAGCUGUAAAUAUAUAUACAAUAUAAUGCUUAUUCCUUAACUAAAAAUUACUAUA